ACGGACCAAAAUUCCGCUUGGAGACUGAAAAAAUCGUAAAUUUCGUGAUGUGCAGCGCGAUGUACGGUCAAAUCCCCGAAUUUUACGGCGAAGGUGACGACUGGAACGUUUAUUUUGAGCGGCUGGAGCAAUUUUUCGCCGUAAAUGACGUCCCGGAAGCCAAACAAAGUGCAUUUUUGAUCAGUGUCAUCGGUUCCUAUUCCUACAAAAUUCUGCGGGAUUUGUGUCAUCCCUCGCUGCCAAAGGAAAAGACCUUCAACGAACUUUGUCAACUACUUGAAAGACAAUUUUCGCCAAAAAUCUCAAUUUUUCGCGAAAGAUCGAAAUUUUACAAUGCCAAACAGGAGCCGCAUGAAAGCAUUUCGCAAUGGUACGUCAAAGUAAAGAAACUUUCCGUCGAUUGUCGCUUUGGGGCGACACUGGAAUCCGUUUUGCUCGAUAAAUUCGUGACGGGACUGAGGCCUGGACCGAUUCUCGAUCGACUUUGUGAGGAAAAUGAGUCUGUGACGUUGAAGGAAGCCUUGGAAAUUGCCGUUAACAAAGAAAGCGCGCUCGCUGUUGAACUUCCGCCGAAUCCAAUUGAGUGUUUUGAGUGUUGCAUGCCGCCUCCGGACGAAGUUUUAUCUAAAAAAGACGAAAACGAGGAAAAUUCAGAGGAAAAAAAUGAAGAAAUUGAAGCUCAAAAUGAUGACGAAGCAGUAUUAGAGGAAAAUUUUACCUGCGAAGCUCCACAGCCGCUUCCAAUUAAGUGCAAACGAAUAAUUGUUGAUGAGCCGAGGGCUAAAGAACCUCAAAUAAUGGAACAGGAAGUGCCUCAGAUGAUGUGUGCUCCAAUGGCAAGUGCUCCGAUGCCUGAAGAAGUGAGAAGUCGACGAGUGAUGAGGAAGGCAAUGCAACAAGAACCCGUGAUAGAAUUAGAAAAUGUCGGAGAAGAGCCAAUUUUGUACGAUGAUUAUGUCGCUGCUGAGGAAGAGAAGAAAAAGAAAGCGAGACGAGGAUGUCGCGGAGGAAGAAAAAAUAAAAAACGCACAGAAAAUGAAUGAAUAUGUUAAUUUUUUAGAUUUUAAAUAAAAAAAAAUAAAGAUUUAAAUUAUAUUUU